UUCUUUGAUACUUACAAUGGUUAUUAAUGAUUAUUUUAAAUUCAUUUUAUUAAAUUUCUUUUUGUUUGCUUAAUAAACAUUUAUGUAUUUGGUUAUAAUUAAAAAAUAAUUCUUAAAGUUAAAUAAAAAACAAUAAACAAGCAAUAUACAAGCAACUUCUCGUCGUCGUCGGCAGAAGUCGGCAUCAACAAAAUUACCCGCCAACCGCGGUGGAAAGAAAAGCAUCAGAGACAACGGGGGAAAAGAUCGAGCCGAAAGAGAAGGUAUUUGAGAAGACAGGCAAGGACAAAAGACUUCGUAGAACACGGGAAAAAAAAGGAAGACGUAAAAGGAAAAAGUCUGCGUUGUCUUUAACAAAGGAUCCUUCGUAUAUUUUGGCUUUAAACUUCCAGGAAUCAUGUCGGAAUCGGAUCAGGAGAAUAUACCCCAGGAGGAGAAUAUGGAAGAAGGCGAAGAUGAUGUAGAAGCUGAAGCAGAAGACAGUGAAGCAGAGGAGGAAGAGGAAGAAGAAGCACCUGCUGAAGAGGAAGAUGAUGAAGAAGAGGAAGAGGACGAAGCAGAAGAGCAAGGUGACGAUGAUGAUGAGAAUGAAUCUGAUCCGGAAUAUCUGGCAGAUGGUGUUAAACCAGUGAAAGCACUCUUACUCAAGCAGCCACCCAAGAAGAAUGGACAAGAUGCUGAAGCUUACGAAGAACACAUUCAAGCCGACAGGAGUAACCGGUUCGAUUUCUUGCUGAAACAAACCGAGCUUUUUGCUCACUUUAUGUCAACUGGUGGCCAAGGUGGAAAAGGCCCAUCGAGUCCCCUUAAAAUGAAACCUGGCCGUCCACGGCUGAAGAAAAAUGACGAGAAAAGCAAGCUGGUUGCCAUCGGAGAUGAAAAGAAACCAAAGACUGAUGCUGUAAAAUCAGAUGCCCCAGAAGAAGAUGAAAAGAAACCCAACGCUGAUGGUGUAAAAUCAGACGCCCCAGAAGAAGAUGAAAAGAAACCAACGACUGGUGAUGUAAAAACAGAUGACCCAGCAGAUGACCAUCGUCACCGACGUACAGAACAAGAAGAAGAUGAAGAAUUAUUGAUAGAAAGCAAGAAAUCAGUCAAUGUUGAAAUUAGAUUUGAAAAAUCUCCAUCUUAUGUUCACAAUGGUGAGUUGAGAGAUUAUCAAAUAAGAGGAUUAAACUGGAUGAUAUCACUGUAUGAACAUGGUAUUAAUGGUAUUUUGGCUGAUGAAAUGGGUCUUGGAAAAACCUUACAGACUAUCGCUCUGCUCGGUUACAUGAAACAUUAUAGAAAUAUUCAUUCACCACAUUUAGUAAUUGUCCCAAAGUCAACUCUGGCAAACUGGGAAAAUGAAUUCCUACGUUGGGUCCCUUCCAUCCGAGCUGUCUGUUUGAUAGGAGACCAAAACCAGAGAGCCACUUUUAUUCGUGAUGUAUUGAUGCCCGGUGAAUGGGAUGUGUGUAUUACAUCUUACGAAAUGGUUAUCAGAGAGAAAGCAGUUUUCAAAAAAUUUAACUGGCGCUAUCUCGUGAUAGACGAAGCCCACAGAAUAAAAAAUGAAAAAUCGAAGCUUUCAGAAAUUGUGCGUGAAUUUAAAUCCACAAAUCGUCUCCUGCUGACUGGCACCCCACUACAAAAUAACUUACAUGAACUUUGGGCUUUAUUGAACUUCCUGUUACCUGAUGUAUUCAAUUCAUCAGAGGACUUUGAUGCUUGGUUCAACACCAAUAACUGCUUCGGUGACACUCAACUUGUGGACAGGCUUCAUGCUGUACUCCGACCCUUUUUACUCCGACGUAUUAAAUCUGACGUCGAGAAAAGACUCUUGCCUAAAAAGGAGACCAAGAUUUUCAUUGGUCUCAGUAAAAUGCAGCGAGAGUGGUAUACCAGGAUAUUGAUGAAAGAUAUCGAUGUGGUCAACGGAGCUGGAAAGUCCGACAAGAUGCGGCUACUGAACAUUUUGAUGCAGCUGAGAAAGUGUUGCAAUCAUCCUUACUUAUUUGACGGAGCUGAACCAGGCCCCCCAUACACAACUGACAAACAUUUAGUAGACAAUUGUGGUAAAAUGGUCAUCCUCGAUAAACUGCUGCCAAAACUUCAGGCACAAGGAUCACGUGUACUUGUAUUCAGUCAAAUGACGAGAAUGUUGGAUAUCCUUGAAGAUUACUGUAUAUGGAAACAAUACAACUAUUGUCGUUUAGAUGGUCAGACACCACAUGAAGACAGACAAGUAUCUAUCAACGACUUCAAUGCCCCAAACAGUCUAAAAUUUCUAUUUAUGUUGAGUACGAGAGCCGGCGGGUUGGGCAUUAACUUGGCCACCGCUGAUAUUGUCAUUCUUUUUGACUCUGACUGGAAUCCACAGGUCGACUUGCAAGCCCAGGAUCGUGCUCAUCGUAUUGGGCAGACAAAACAGGUUCGAGUCUUCCGAUUGAUCACUGAAAAUACUGUAGAGGAACGCAUUGUUGAAAGAGCUGAAAUGAAGUUGCGACUGGACAAUAUAGUCAUUCAGCAAGGUCGUUUAUUAGAUCAGAAUACUAACAAACUUGGCAAAGAGGAGGUCCUUCAAAUGAUUCGACAUGGUGCCAACCAUGUGUUUGCCUCUAAAGACAGUGAAAUCACUGAUGAAGACAUAGACGCUAUUUUGGCUAAAGGAGAGAAAAGGACUCUGGAGAUUCAAAACAAAAUGGAGACCCUUGGUGAAGGCACCUUAAAAACUUUCUCAUUAGAUACACAUGAAAGCGUGUAUAAAUUUGAAGGGGAAGAUUACCGCGAGAAGCAAAAGAUAGGUCCAUUAGGUUCUUGGAUCGAGCCUCCGAAACGUGAGAGGAAAGCUAACUAUGCUGUCGAUGCUUACUUCCGAGAGGCUCUUCGUGUCAGUGAACCAAAGGCUCCUAAGCAGGCGCCAAGACCUCCAAAACAGCCCAAUGUACAAGAUUUCCAGUUCUUCCCACCACGGCUCUUUGAACUUCUAGACAAGGAAAUCUACUUCUACCGCAAAAGCAUUGGCUAUAAAGUCCCUAAAAACCCUGACUAUGGUGCUGACGCCGAGCGAAUCCGAAGAGAGGAACAGAAACGAAUCGAUGAAGCCUACCCUUUGAACGAUGCUGAAAUUAGUGAGAAAGAAGAACUUCUGAAGCAGGGAUUUACAAAUUGGUCGAAAAGAGAUUUCAAUCAGUUUAUCAAAGCUAAUGAGAAAUAUGGUCGAGACGACAUUGAAAACAUAGCUCAUGAAGUGGAGGGCAAAACUCCAGAAGAGGUGGUGGAGUAUUCUACCUUAUUUUGGGAACGCUGCAAUGAGCUGCAAGACAUUGAGCGUAUCAUGGCUCAAAUUGAGAGAGGUGAAGCUAAGAUCCAAAGAAGGAUUAGCAUUAAAAAGGCCCUUGAUGUAAAGAUGAAUCGUUACCGUGCUCCAUUCCAUCAAUUGCGUAUCCAAUAUGGCACCAAUAAAGGGAAAAAUUACACCGAAGAGGAGGAUCGCUUCCUUGUGUGUAUGUUGCAUAAGUUGGGAUUUGAUAAAGAGAAUGUCUAUGACGAACUGCGAACUUCUGUGAGGCAGGCUCCUCAGUUCCGCUUUGAUUGGUUUAUUAAAUCACGGACAGCUAUGGAAUUACAACGAAGAUGUAAUACAUUAAUUACUUUGAUAGAAAGAGAAAACUUGGAGUUGGAAGAGAAAGAAAAACAGGAGAAGAAACGACGUGGACCAAAGCCAGGGACACCAAAGGGUCAGAAACGGAAAGCAGAUGGAACUCCCGAUGGCAGAGGCAGACCAAAGAAAAAGAAAUAAAGGAAAAAAAAUACUAAAACAGUUUCUUUUUCGUUGGUGAUAAACAUGAACUUUUUGGAUUCGUCAACUCCUGGCAUUUCAGUUGCAUUUAACUGAAGAAUAUACAUCUACUCCAUUCCUCUGGUGCCAUCUCCUGUUAAAUUCGUCUCUGCUUCCAGCCAUUAUUUACCUUCUGUUUUUUCUUCCCAUCUCUUCAUUUUCACUUCAAUAGACUGAGUAGCCAACAACAAAAAAAAAAAGAAAGAAAAAAGAAAAACAAAAAAAAGCUUCAGGAUUUACGUUUUUUUUUUUUUUAAAUUAUGUUUUGUGCACGUCUGACAGUACGCCUGUGUGUAUGUAAGCGUGUGUGCUUGCGUUCAUAUUUAAAACUGAAUCAUCAAGGUUUACCCUAUUGCAAAAGCAACUUAAAACAGUAAACCCUUGACUCUUCUGUUAUUAUUAUUAUUAUUUUUUGUUCAUUUUGCACCCAAACCAUAAUGCAUUAUUAAGAAAGCUGGGAUGCAUAUUAAAGGAAAGGGGACAGGUAUUCCCUCAUAAUUUUCCUUCUCCAUGAGUGGCAGAAAAUGUGAUGUGAUGUGAUGCUUGCUGUUUUAUAGAGAAUUAAACUUUUUUUUUAAAUAUAAUACAUCCUUUUGUCUAUCAUUGUUUGCCUUGUCGUUUUAUAAUUUUCUUUCUUUUUUUCUUUUACCCAGUUAAUUCACAUCCACACUUUAGUUCGAUCAUUAAUAAAUGUCUAAUUAUAUAUAA